AAUCGGUUUUGAAUGUACAUAGUGUAGUGUUCGUGACUAAGGUUCGUGAUUAAGUAAGCAGUAAGUUUAGCAGCUUUUACACCAUUUUUGGUAUGAGUCCAACUGCGAGAUGUAAGCGCUUACGUGUCGCAAAGGUCUGGUGGGCGCGAUGCGGCGUCAAGGUGUGAGGGGCGCCGGCGCAGACACACAAUACGCGAGUCAGUUGCGAGGAGCGCGCGCGCACUCCGCGACACACGAUACGAACGACUCUCGCGACCAAUAUUUACUUUGUACAUGGCAAUUGUUUGACGAUAUUUAUAUUAUGUGAUAAGUUUUUUUACGAAAAUAUUUAAUCGUGGUUAUUUAAGAAUCUCUUUUAUAGUUAAUAUAAAGUUUUUAUGUAAAGAAAUAUAAUUUCGUGGGACCAAAAUGACGAUAAAAAAUAAAAAGACUAAACAAUCAAAAGCGUCUGAAGUGACAUCUUCUAGUAGUGCUUCGACCAGUGUUCAGAAGACCAGUUCCACCACCUCUGUGCAGAGCAGUAACACUUUGCAGAAGGUCAGCUCUGGUAAGAAGGUUCGCUAUAUCGAGGUAAAGGUCGAGGAAGAUGACCCGCUUAUGAUUACCGACAUAUCCGACCACUCUUCGAUAGCCGGCUCUACUAUUUCGGAGGCCUACAACAGCCACCCUCACUACAUUAUCACCGAAGCUCCAUCAAUGAGCGACUUGUCUCAGACAAGAGCUCUGGAACAUCACGUAAGUGACAUGGCGCAGUCAACAACAGGUGAAUUUGUCUCUAGUUCGGUGCUCCAGGAGUCGUCUUCGACUCAUCAACAAAGUUCGAAAACAGAAAAAUUCCAGUCUUCCUCGACUUCUGUUCAGCAUUCAGGUUCUAGUCACAGUCAGACGUUUGAUAGAACUACUGAUUCUUCUGCUGCUAAUCAAACUCUUGACACAGCGUUCAUUGAUAAUUCUGCUGGUAAUGUCUCAAAUUCAAAGACAUUUUCUUCACGAUCUCAAAAUGCAAAUGCUACAAAUUCUUUCCUUCAAUCUGAACGCCAGAGUUUAGCGAAUCAGUCAUCUACAUCUACUUCGAAGGAUCACCAGAAUACAAAACAAAGUGACAAAGUAACGUAUCAAAACUCCUCUGUACCAUCACAAAGAGGUCAAACUGUUCGAUCUGAUACUUCUAAUUUUUAUGGUGGUGAAGGAAGCUUGGAGAAACGCGGAAACACAAAGGAGUUUACUAGCACCUCCCAGACAAGUGAAUCUAAAAGUAGCAAUGUGACAAAAUCGUCAUCGUCGUCGUACGUUGUUGAAAUUGUUGAUGGCAAAGAACGCAUUAUUGACAGUAAGAAGAAUGAGUGGGGUAAUGCGCAAGAGCAUGUGUCAAAGGAGGCCUAUGCUAGUGCAAGUGGAACUGGCAUGAAACCACAGUCGGCACAUAGUAUUCAAAACUAUGACAUGAAAUCCAGUUACGACACUGGAAAGGAUGGUAAGAAACCGACUAGUGAAAUGACUAUUAAAGAAGAUUCUAAAUUUAUUAGAGACGGAAAUCAGACUACUUCACAUUCCAGUUACAUCACGGAAAAAGAUAAUGUUGCUAAGCAUCAGCAGUACAUAAACAGUCGUGAUCAAUCAACAUCUGAUCAACGGUACAUCACCAACCGCGAUCAUUCAACAUCAGACCAACAAUUCGUUACAAGUCACGAUCAGUUGACUUCCGAUCAGCAAUACACAACAAAUCGCAAUGUACAGUCUGAGCAACUGCAAAGUACAACGCAACAAAAUUAUUCCACUGACCAGCAAAAUAUUACAAAUCGUCAGUACUUGACAUCUGACCAGCAUUACACUAACCGUGAUCAAGUAAGUUCCGAUCAACGCUAUACAACGCAAGAGCAUGUUACGUCUGAUAGACAAACAUCAUCAACGGACAAAAGUUACCAGACUCAGUCUUCGUCAAAGGAUGUCAACAGUCAAAAUACUUACACCAGUACAGUUGAUAAAACAAAAAGGGUUGACGACAGAAGACGUGACAUGAACAAAACAGAUUCAUCUAACUUCUACGGUUAUGAUGCGACCAUCCAAAACGAACUUCAAAAAGUAGGUCAUAUUUUACAAGUACCGAACACUGAGAACAUAAACUUUUCUACAAAGAUAAUGAAAAGCAACACGAGCAGCGCUCAGCAGGCUUCAACUUCAUCAUAUGUUGUCCAAAUCAUCGAUGGCAAGGAGCAAAUUGUCGACACUUCUCAUAGAGAAUGGGGCGACAACAAGGAACAUUCCACGUACGAAAAAAGUCACAAUGUUAGCGGUACUGGCAUUAAGCCUACUCAUGAAUAUGCGAGACAUGUAUUGGACAAGGAAUCGCAUUAUGACACAGGAAAAGACGGAGUUCCCAAAAGUUCUUUACAAGUAUCAGAAGAAUCAGCUUUGUACAAGGAUGGGAAAGAAGUCGCAUCAACAAGUAACCGAUACGGCGGUGAUUUCACUAAGAAAAAGGCAAUAACUGAAUAUGUUGCGGACACAACAGAUGAGCACAACAGAGUUAUUACUGAUUCUACUGAUAAAACUACAACUAACAAUAGGUAUACAACCACACAAGAUUCUGUUACCUCUGAUACUCGUUCUCAUGUAACAGAUAUAAAAGACGUGAGAGACACAACUGAUUUCGUGACAACAGAGAAACAGAAUUUGAUUAAAGAGUCCACAUCAUCUACCACGUCUCAAACUAAAGAUACCUUGACUACGUAUGAAAGAAGCACCGGGACAUGGAACGGAAAAUUUGUUUAUGAAAAGGACGAUGACAGGCCUAAACGCCCAAAAGAGAUGUCUCCUUUUGGAAGACCAGAACAACCAAGACAUCACCUAAAGAGACAGGAUACAGAAGAAAACAUAAUAUUAUCAUCACGUGACAUUAAAGAUUUCACAUCUAUUAGUGACCUUCGGAAGAUUAUUAACAGUUCUAAAUUUAACAAAGAUGUGAAAGUAAGCAACAAAAACAUUGUAAUAAACAGAAAUAUUGACGACCGUGUACUGAAGGAAAUAAUUGAAACUGUGAAGAAGUAUCCAUUUAAAAGAAUAGAAAAAGUAACUUUUGGAACAAAGAUCAACGAGGACGUGAAAGAUCUUUAUGAAGGAAUUGAUACGGAAGAGACUACUGUUAUGACAUCUACUACAGGAGAAACUACCAGAAAAGCAUUUGAAGUAGAGAAGCAUAGGAGUCAGAUAGAAGUGACUCGCUACAUAACUGAGAAUGGCAUCACAAGAAAAAUAACAACUUACGAAGAUGCCAAGGAGGACGACAAAGUGAGGACAGACGUCUACGUCGACAAGAGUGCGUUAGACUUCAAAAACUUGCGCGAUGUCCAAACGACCGAAGACGUUAUUCGAGAAUACGACGAGGUGGACCGUGCCAUCACGGACACCACGAGAGAGGAUACAACUGUCAGCACCGUCUACGAUGAGAGGAUCAUCGACGACAGGAGAACCAUGCGAGACGACAGGACCACCAUUGAGGAAACCGUCAUCAUCGACGAGACCAGAGACUCGAGACCAAGAGGUGGCCCCAAGAAACCCGAGAAAAUUGUCAACAAGGAACAGUGUAUAUGUGAAAUCUGCACUUGUGGGCGUCACCGCUGCCCACACAACGAUGUCCCGGAGCCAUUGUUCGAUGUGGAGCACACGACGAGUGUGGUCUCCGCAUACCAGCGCGACUACGACGAAAAACACGUGAGCCGCACUACCGCUGUCCACCACGAGGAUCACCUGCGUCUUGAAGGCGACUUCCAGGAACCCGAGCGGCCUAAGUGGCAACCUGCUGAGAGACCCCAGCAGAAGAAGCCCGAAGAUAACCUUAAACCUGAAGGAGACUUUGAGAGACGUCAGCCAGAAGAAUGGCGUCCUGGUGACAGGGCGCCAGUCCGAAAACCGACUGAUAACUUAAGGCCCGAAGGAGAGUUCACUACACCGGAUAAGGAGCGAUGGCAACCGGCUGAGCGCCCUAAACAAAAAAGACCAGAGGACAACCUUAAGCCAGAAGGACAAUUCGAACAACCGAAACAAGACGAAUGGCGUCCUGCAGAACGUGUAACUCCAAAAAGGCCACAAGAUAAUCUUAGACCAGAGGGUGAUUUUGAACAGCCAAAACAAGAUGAGUGGCGUCCAGCAGAGCGUGUCACGCAGAAGCGACCUCAGGAUAAUCUUAAACAAGAGGGCGACUUCCAACAACCUAAGCAUGAUGAAUGGCGCCCAGCAGAACGUGUUACACAAAAAAGACCUCAGGAUAAUCUUAGACCUGAAGGAGACUUUGAACAACCAAAGCAAGAUGAGUGGCGUCCAGCUGAAAGACAAACACCAACAAAACCAAAGGAUAAUUUACGUCCUGAGGGUGAUUUUGAAAAACGUAGACCUGAGGAAUGGCGCCCGGGAGAUAGAGCUCCAGUUCGUCGACCUGAUGAUAAUUUGAGACCUGAGGGUGAAUUUACGACACCAGAAAAAGAGCGAUGGCAACCAGCUGAACGACCAAAGCAGAAGAAACCAGAGGAUAAUCUCAAACCAGAAGGCUCAUUCGAACAACCCAAACAUGACGAAUGGCGACCAGCGGAACGUGUAACACAGAAGAAACCAAAAGAUAAUCUGAAACCGGAGGGUGACUUUGAACAACCUAAGCAGGACGAAUGGCGACCGGCGGAGCGCGUGACUCAAAAGAGACCUCAAGACAAUCUUAGGCCAGAAGGUGAAUUUGAGUCUCCGAAACCCGAUGAAUGGCGUCCAGCUGAAAGACAAACACCCAAAAAGCCUCAAGACAACUUGCGACCAGAAGGAGAUUUCCAACAACCCAAACAAGAUGAAUGGCGUCCAGCUGAACGAGUUACUCAAAAGAAGCCUAAGGACAAUCUCAAACCCGAAGGUGAUUUUGAGCAACCAAAACAUGAUGAGUGGCGUCCAGCUGAGAGACAAACUCCAACUAAACCUAAAGACAAUUUGCGACCAGAGGGUGAGUUUGAACAACCAAAACAAGAUGAGUGGCGCCCAGCAGAACGAGUUACUCAAAAGAAACCAAAAGAUAACCUCAAACCUGAAGGUGAUUUUGAACAACCAAAACAAGAUGAAUGGCGCCCAGCUGAGCGUGUUACUCAAAAGAAGCCUAAGGAUAACCUCAAACCAGAAGGAGAAUUUGAAGGAAGGAAACCAGAAAAAUGGCAACCAGGCGAGCGCGAACCAGUGCGACGGCCCGAAGACAACUUGAAACCUGAAGGUGAAUUUACAACACCUAAGAAAGACGAAUGGAAACCAGCAGAAAGGCCUCAACAAAAGAAACCUACUGAUAACUUGAAGCCGGAAGGUGAAUUUACCAAACGCCAUCCUGAUGAAUUCGUCCCUGCGGAAAAAGUUGUGGUCAAGAAGCCUCAGGAUAACUUGCAUCCUGAAGGUGAAUUUACAACUAGAAGGACAAUAACAGAAGAUUAUAAAGUUGUAACUGGUGAGAGAGCAGAAAUUAUACGACGAACGGACAACAUCAUUACUGAAGGAGAGUUCACAGACACUACCACGUCUCGCACGGAGUACACCGUAAAGCCUGUUGAAAGACCAAAACCAGUACGUCGAAAUACUUGGACGAAAAUAGAAGGAGAUAUGACCACGGAAACCACAUCUAAAUCUGAAUUUAUCGAUUACUCAGACACAGUAGAAAAAACAACAUUGGUAGCGCGAAGAACAGAUAACUUGAUAAGGGAAGGUGAGAUCGAAUUUGUGACUUCAAACCAGAAUGAUUACACCGAAAAGGUGACCCCUGUUGAACGCCCGAAAAGACGUCGUACUUGGACCAAGGAAGAUUUUGAAAAAUUCUAUUCUACAGAACAGUUAGAGAAGAUUACAACAUCACAAGAGGAGUAUAGAACUUAUGAAGAGACAGAUCUUAGACAGCAGACGAUAAUCAGAAAAGAUAAUCUUCAUAUGGAAGGUGUAUUUGACAGUCAUACAGUGUCGCAUGAAACCUACCUAAAGCCACAGCUCACUGAAAGGCCAAAACAGAAAAGGCCAGUCGAUAACUUGAAACCAGAAGGUGACUUUGAGCAACCAAAACAAGACGAAUGGCGUCCGGCGGAGCGUGUAACGCAGAAAAGACCUAAAGACAAUCUUAAACCAGAAGGUGACUUUGAACAACCCAAACCUGAUGAAUGGCGUCCAGCAGAACGUGUCACUCAAAAGAAACCUAAGGAUAACCUUAGACCGGAAGGCGAGUUUGAACAGCCUAAGCAAGAUGAAUGGCGCCCAGCUGAACGAGUUACUCAAAAGAAACCUAAGGACAAUCUUAAGCCUGAAGGUGACUUUGAGCAACCAAAACAUGACGAGUGGCGCCCAGCUGAAAGACAAUCACCUACUAAACCAAAAGAUAAUUUACGUCCAGAAGGUGACUUCGAGCAACCUAAACAUGAUGAAUGGCGCCCUGCAGAGCGUGUCACCCAGAAAAAACCUAAGGACAACCUUAGACCGGAAGGCGAGUUUGAACAGCCUAAGCAAGACGAAUGGCGCCCAGCUGAACGAGUUACUCAAAAGAAACCUAAGGACAAUCUUAAGCCUGAAGGUGACUUUGAGCAACCAAAACAUGACGAGUGGCGCCCAGCUGAAAGACAAACGCCUACAAAGCCUAAGGAUAAUCUGAAACCUGAAGGUGACUUUGAACAACCAAAACAUGACGAAUGGCGCCCUGCAGAACGUGUCACCCAGAAAAGACCUAAGGAUAACCUUAGACCGGAAGGCGACUUUGAACAGCCUAAGCAAGACGAAUGGCGCCCAGCUGAACGAGUUACUCAAAAGAAACCUAAGGACAAUCUUAAGCCCGAAGGUGAAUUUGAACAACCGAAACAUGAUGAAUGGCGCCCUGCUGAACGUCCAGUCCAAAAGAAGCCUAAGGACAACCUUAAACCAGAGGGUGAUUUCGAACAACCAAAGCACGAUGAAUGGCGUCCAGCAGAAAGACAAACGCCUACAAAACCAAAGGACAAUUUAAAACCGGAAGGCGAUUUCGAGCAACCUAAACACGACGAAUGGCGCCCGGCAGAGCGCGUCACACAGAAAAAGCCUAAGGAUAAUCUGAAACCUGAAGGUGAGUUCGAACAGCCAAAACAUGAUGAGUGGCGCCCUGCAGAACGAGUUACUCAAAAGAAACCUAAGGACAAUCUUAAGCCUGAAGGUGAAUUUGAGCAACCUAAGCAAGACGAAUGGCGUCCAGCAGAAAGACAAACGCCCACAAAGCCUAAGGAUAAUUUGAAACCUGAAGGUGACUUUGAACAACCAAAACACGAUGAAUGGCGCCCAGCUGAGCGUGUCACCCAGAAAAAACCUAAGGACAACCUUAGACCGGAAGGCGAGUUUGAACAGCCUAAGCAAGACGAAUGGCGCCCAGCUGAACGAGUUACUCAAAAGAAGCCUAAGGACAAUCUUAAGCCUGAAGGUGACUUUGAGCAGCCAAAACAUGACGAGUGGCGCCCAGCUGAAAGACAAUCACCUACUAAACCAAAAGAUAAUUUACGUCCAGAAGGUGACUUCGAGCAACCUAAACAUGAUGAAUGGCGCCCAGCUGAACGUGUUACUCAAAAGAAACCUAAGGACAAUCUUAAGCCCGAAGGUGAAUUUGAACAACCGAAACAUGAUGAAUGGCGCCCUGCUGAACGUCCAGUCCAAAAGAAGCCUAAGGACAACCUUAAACCAGAGGGUGAUUUCGAACAACCAAAGCACGAUGAAUGGCGUCCAGCAGAAAGACAAACGCCUACAAAACCAAAGGACAAUUUAAAACCGGAAGGCGAUUUCGAGCAACCUAAACAUGACGAAUGGCGCCCGGCAGAGCGCGUUACACAGAAAAAGCCUAAGGAUAAUCUUAAACCGGAAGGAGAAUUUGAAAAGCCGAAACAUGACGAGUGGCGCCCAGCUGAGAGGCAAACACCAAAGAAGCCUCAAGAUAACUUGCGACCCGAAGGCGACUUUGAACAACCUAAACACGAUGAAUGGCGUCCAGCAGAACGCGUCACACAAAAGAAACCUAAAGACAAUCUCAAACCCGAAGGUGAUUUUGAGCAACCGAAACAUGAUGAGUGGCGGCCAGCUGAAAGGCAGACGCCGAAGAAGCCUCAAGAUAACUUGCGACCCGAAGGCGACUUUGAACAACCUAAACACGAUGAAUGGCGUCCAGCAGAACGCGUCACACAAAAGAAACCUAAAGACAAUCUCAAACCUGAAGGUGAUUUUGAGCAACCGAAACAUGAUGAGUGGCGGCCCGCUGAAAGGCAGACACCGAAGAAGCCUCAAGAUAACUUGCGACCCGAAGGCGACUUUGAACAACCUAAACACGAUGAAUGGCGUCCAGCAGAACGCGUCACACAAAAGAAACCUAAAGACAAUCUCAAACCUGAAGGUGAUUUUGAGCAACCGAAACAUGAUGAGUGGCGGCCCGCUGAAAGGCAGACACCGAAGAAGCCGCAAGACAAUUUACGACCAGAAGGUGAUUUCGAGUCUCCUAAACCUGAGAAAUGGCGUCCGGCCGAAAGACCAACCCAAAAGAGGCCUCAAGAUAACCUCAAGCCAGAGGGCGAUUUUGAGCAACCUAAACACGAUGAAUGGCGGCCUGCUGAAAGACAAACACCCAAAAAACCUCAAGAUAACUUGCGACCUGAAGGUGACUUCGAGCAACCUAAACACGAUGAAUGGCGACCGGCAGAGCGAGUCACUCAGAAAAAACCGAAGGAUAACCUUAAGCCUGAAGGAGAAUUUGAACAGCCGAAACAUGACGAGUGGCGCCCAGCUGAGAGGCAAACACCAAAGAAGCCCCAAGAUAACCUCCGACCGGAAGGUGAUUUCGAACAACCCAAACAAGACCAGUGGCGCCCAGCAGAAAAAGUUACGCAAAAGAAACCUAAGGACAACCUUAAGCCCGAAGGUGACUUUGAGCAACCAAAACAUGACGAGUGGCGCCCAGCUGAAAGACAAACCCCCAAGAAGCCUCAAGAUAACUUACGACCGGAAGGCGACUUUGAACAACCUAAACACGAUGAAUGGCGUCCAGCAGAACGAGUCACACAGAAGAAGCCUAAAGAUAAUCUUAAACCCGAAGGUGAUUUCGAGCAACCAAAACAUGACGAAUGGCGGCCCGCUGAAAGGCCGACGCCGAAAAAGCCUCAAGACAAUUUACGGCCUGAAGGCGAUUUUGAGUCACCGAAACCUGAAAAGUGGCAGCCAGCUGAAAGGCAAACACCACAGAAACCCAAGGACAAUUUGAGGCCAGAAGGUGAAUUUAGUACUCCUAAACAGGAUGAAUGGCGACCCGCUGAAAAAGUUACGCAGAAGAGACCUAAAGACAAUCUGAAACCUGAAGGUGAAUUCGAGCAGCCUAAGCAAGAUGAAUGGCGACCAGCUGAAAGGCAAACGCCUAAAAAGCCCCAGGACAACUUACGUCCUGAAGGCGAUUUUGAGACACCAAAACAAGAAAAAUGGCGCCCAGCUGAACGACCAGUACAAAAGAAGCCUGAAGACAAUCUCAAGCCCGAGGGCAAAUUCGAACAACCAAAGCAUGAUGAAUGGCGGCCAGCAGAACGUCCAGUUCAAAAGAAACCUAAGGAUAAUCUCAAGCCUGAAGGCGAAUUUGAACAACCUAAACAUGAUGAAUGGCGUCCUGCUGAACGUCCAGUCCAAAAGAAGCCUAAGGACAACCUUAAACCAGAAGGAGACUUUGAACAACCAAAGCAUGAUGAAUGGCGCCCAGCAGAGAGACCCGAAGUUAAGAAACCGAAGGAUAACUUGAAACCAGAAGGAGAAUUUGAAAAACCGAGGCACGAUAAAUGGCAACCGGCUGAAAAACAAACACCGAAGAAGCCUCAAGACAAUCUAAAACCUGAAGGUAAAUUUGAACGACCCGAAAAACCGAAACAUGUUGUUGGCGAAAGACCCGUGCAGAAGAAACCAGAAGACAACUUAAAACCGGAAGGAGAUAUGGAGGUUGUAAGGAGAACCGAUUACACAGCAACUCGCGGAGAUCGCGUUGAUGUUGUUAGGCAUGAGGAUCACCUUAAAAUGGAAGGUGUCAUUGAUAUUCAUCGUUCACGAGAUGAUUACAAACGCAUCGAAAAAACUGAGAAAGUUGUCAUACAGAGACAUGAGGAUAAUUUGCGUACUGAAGGCGAAUUUAUCGACCUUACGGUUCGAAAUGAUUAUAGUGCAACGAAAGGGGAGAGAGCGCCUGUCGUCAGACCACAAGACAAUCUCAAACCUGAUGGCAAGUUUUACAAACCUGAGGUGGUACCCUCUCAACCAGCUGAGAAGCGUAAACCAUUUAAACAAGUAGAUAAUAUUACAAUUGAAAGGGACAUUGACUUAAGGCAGAGACAAAAGAUAGAACGUUUAGACAUAAUAAGAAGGGAAGACAACUUAAGAAUUGAAGGUGAAUUCGUAGAUAUGAAGCAAAAAACCGACUAUACUCAGGUUACAGGUGAACGAGCUGCUAUUGUCAAACAUGAAGAUAACUUAAAAAUGGAAGGUAAGAUGGAAAACAUCCGAUCAUCUGAUACUUAUCGUCUCGUUAAAGGACAAAGAGUAAAAUUGACUCGUAGAGAGGACAAUCUUAAAAUAGAAGGGGUAUUCGAAGACCAUACUCGUCGAGAUGAUUAUAAAGUGGUUAAGGGCGAAAGGUCAGCUAUUGUUUAUCACCCAGACAACCUCAAACCUGAAGGAGACUUUGAAAAGAGACCUAAAGUGGAACCUGAAAAUGGCGAAAAGCGUAGUCCCAUAAAACGACCUGAUACUUUAAAGCCGGAGGGAGACAUUGAUAGACCUACUAGGCCUAAAUGGGAAACUACUGAACGACCGGACUUGAUAAGACAUCCAGACAACUUACACCCUGAAGGCGAUUUCCCAAGUCGUCCUAAAACUCAGUGGCAGAGGGGAGAAACGCCAGAACAGGUGCGCCCCAAGGAUAACUUAAAGUCUGAGGGCGAUUUUGACAGACCUUCUAAACCCAAAUGGGUGUCAUCAGAGAGACCUGAGCAGGUGAGACCUAAGGAUAACUUGCGGCCUGAGGGAGAAUUUUCCGAUAGGCCUAAAAAUCAGUGGCAACGCGGAGAAACACCUAGUCAAGUUCGCCCUAAAGACAACUUAUAUCCCGAAGGUGAUAUGGAUUCACGUACCCCUACUAAAUGGACUCCUGGUGAAACUCCUGCACAAGUUCGACCCAAAGAUAACUUAAGACCAGAAGGUGAUUUUGACCGACCUUCCAAACAGAAAUGGACGUCUGCAGAUAGACCUGAACAAGUCAGACCCAAGGAUAAUUUGCAUCCGGAAGGUGAAUUCACUGAUAGGCCAAAAACUCGUUGGCAACCAGGAGAAACGCCAAGUCAAGUUCGUCCCAAAGACAACUUACAUCCAGAGGGUGACAUGGUUUCACGUACUCCAUCUAAAUGGGCUCCGGGAGAGACCCCAGCUCAAGUUCGCCCCAAGGACAAUUUAAGAACGGAAGGCGAUGUAAAUUAUCCAUCCAAAACGAAAUGGCAAACUGGAGAUAGAAGAAGCCCAAUAAGGCCAAAGGAUAAUUUACAUCCUGAAGGUGAGGUAGACUCACGUACUCCGACUAAAUGGGCUCCAGGAGAAAUACCGGCCCAAGUACGUCCAAAGGACAACUUAAAACCUGAAGGAGAAUUUGAAAGACCAGGACCUCAAAAAUGGAGCCCAGCAGAAAAGGCUGGUCCUAUUAAACCAAGAGACAACCUUUACACUAAUGGAGAGAUUACGAAACACGACAGCAGGUCGCAAACAAAUGAAGUGACUAGCUCUACAGAGUCCAAGUCAGUUAUAGGACGUGAUGACACCAACUUUAAAUCUCAGACUGUUACUCGACAUGAUCAUCAAAGUCAUCGUGAAAAUCAGUCGCACACUUCUCAUUCGGAAACGCACGUAAAGCAUUUACACAGUACUACAGACCAUUCUACGUCAAAACAUAUACAAUCCGGAACAACUUUGAAACAUAUACAAUCUGGAACAAACGUUAAAGAUACAACAUCCCAAGACGUGGUAGAUCGCAGAGGAUCACAGAAGAACAUCGAACGCAUCGGUUCCCAUGAUAUUGUUACCGAUAGAAGCAAAACAGUUGGCGUUAAGGACCGCUCCGUGUCGCACAGUCACUCUGACAAGACAAUCGUAAACAAAACUGAUGUUAGAAAUGUAAAAACCGUUACUUCUACUGUAACAAAGACAAUCAAACAGAUUUCGGAAAAGAAACUUAGGGGAGGUAAAUGGGUAACCGUGACGCGGAAUGUUGAAGUAGAUGUAACGGAUGACGGAGGAAAAGCUACUCCAAGAACGACUGUGCAGCGGACAGAGCUAGACGAUCAGGCAAAUCGCUCGCGGCAUGUUGUAAGAGAUACUAAGCAAGGAAGUACGUCAACAUCUGAAAAUGUUUCAUCUUCAAUUAUAAAUCAAACACAUGGGUCACAAAGAAGUAAUAUCGUUGAUCAGCAACAUCGAUCCAACCAACAAUUUAUUGAUAACAGCUCUCAGCGAACACAUUCUUCACAACAUUCAAUUGCUUCGUCUUCUUCAAGUCAGAACCUCAGUAACCAACAUGUCAGUCAAACACAAAAGACUACAAGUACCUCAAACGUAACAUCAACUGAUCACGUGGGUCAACAUUUUACUAAAUCUUCGCAGCAAAUAUCUUCUGAUGGUCACAUUGUUAGACACGGCGGUGGAGGCGAUUCCAGCCAACGAAUUAUAUCAUCAGAACAUACAGGCAUACAUUCUAACCAAGGUCAUCUGACAGAGAGUCAUGUUCAAAGACAUGUCACCUCAGGAACUCAAGCGCAUAACGUAAAAAGUCACGUUGAACAACAUGUAUCAAGAUCCUCACAGCAUUCCACAAACAGAAAUCAACUGAGCGAUAGUGUGACAAAAACGAGUAUUGAGUUCCAAAGAGCCAUGCACGGUGGCGGUGGCAAUGAUACUUCAAGCACUGUUAUUGAUAACUCCUCUCGUGGAGGUCACCACAAGCGCACAUCCGAUCUGGUUUCCGAUUCGUCGUCCACGAACUCAAUCUUACAUCGUAAAGGUGUUCACUCCAACACAGAAGCGCAUCAUUCGAUUAGUUCUACAGCAGCAGCGCAGAGAAAGAGCAUCGGCAAUCUAUCUGAACGAGGAGAAUAUAUUAGUAACUCAACGCAUAGCUCAGAUAGAAAGAGCAUCAGUUCCAUGCACCGCUCGACUAGAGACAAUACUGCUGUCAUAUCUCAACAUGAUAGUUCUGAUUCUCGUCGUAAUCAAACCAAAAGAGAUGGACAGUCGACCUUAAUGACCGACCGUCAAUCAACGAGAGUAGUGAGAGAUAAUCUUAAAGUAGGAGGUGACUUCUACGGGCAAUCAGAAGCUCGAUCCUAUGGAAACUUUUCACGAUCGGAGCAUGCACAGAAGUCCGACCGUUCUGAGCGAGUUGAGCGUGUAGAGCGCGUGGAGCGUGUCACACGCCACGGAAACGCUUCGCAGUUCGUGUUGGGUGACGGCAGUACUAGUUACAAGCGGGAAUUCACAUCUCACGUCCACGGAACCUGCCCGGCUACACUCAUCGAUUCCGGACGUACUCCUUUCAAACAUACUCGCGAUUCUCGUGAACACAAAUUCUACGCGACUAAAAUAACACAGCAACAAUAAAUGUCGGUUGCAACUUGGCCGCCGCUAGGCUAAGCUAUAUUUCAUUCCUUAUUUUAUCCAGCUUAUAAUAUUUAAUCAAGUUAAUGUUAUUUUAUAUACACGCAAGCUAACUGCUAGUCUUAAUUAUGAUUAACAUGCCUUAUAGUCCGCAUAAUGUUAUAAUUUGUUAAUUUAACAAGUUUUAAGAGUAUUUUAUUUUGUCAAACAUUGCCAUGCAAUAAAAUUUUAUAUA